AUGACUCAACUCCAAAACACGACACGCUCACAUGUUUUGGGCGAUCCUCCGGGCGCGAAAACAUAUGAGACAUUUGAAAUGGGAAUGAAUAAGGAUGAACACACGGACAGGGGAUUAUCCAGUGAGAAAUUAAACUUAUUUGGUAGAGUCGAGUAA